GAGUGGGCGGGGCUCUGCGCUGGAGAUAAGACCAGGAAAUCGGCGCGCGUCCCCAAGCCUCAAGCCAAGCUGCGCCUGCCUGUCUCCUGCCAGUCUUCUCGCCUGCAGAUAACUCCCAAAACAUGAGGAUAUUUGCUGUCACUCUGUUCACAGCCUGCUGUCACUUGCUAUGGGCAUUUACGAUCACGGCUCCAAAGGACCUGUACGUGGUGGAGUACGGCAGCAACGUCACGAUUGAAUGCAGAUUCCCAGUAGAACAGAAACUGGACCUGUUUGCGUUAGUGGUGUACUGGGAAAAGGAAGACAAGCAAGUUAUUCAGUUUGUGGAGGGAGAAGAGGACCUAAAGCCUCAGCACAGCAGCUUCAGGGGCAGAGUCUCCUUGCCAAAGGAUCAGCUUUUGAAGGGAAAUGCUGCACUUCAGAUCAUAGAUGUCAAGCUACAGGACGCCGGCAGCUACUGCUGCAUGAUCAGCUACGGCGGAGCAGACUACAAGCGAAUCACAUUGAAAGUCCAUGCCCCGUACCGCAAAAUCAACCAAAGAAUUUCCAUGGAUCCAGCCACUUCUGAGUAUGAACUAAUAUGUCAGGCCGAGGGUUACCCAGAAGCCGAAGUAAUUUGGACAAACAGUGACCACCAGUCCCUGAGUGGGAAGACAACCAUCACCACUUCCCAGACAGAGGAGCAGCUCCUCAAUGUGACCAGCAGUCUGAGGGUCAAUGCAACAGCUAAUGAUGUUUUCUACUGUACUUUUUGGAGAUUUAAGUCAGGGGAAAACCACACAGCUGAGCUGAUCAUCCCAGAACCACCUGAAGAACGUCUCCCGCAUAACAGGACUCACUGGGUGCUUCUGGGAUCCUUCCUAUUGUUCCUCAUUGUAGGGUCCACGGUCAUCUUCUGCUUGAGAAAACAAGUGAGAAUGCUAGAUGUGGAAAAAUGUGGCAUCGAAGAUACAAGCUCAAAAAACCGAAAUGAUACACAGUUCGAGGAGACGUAAGCAGUGUUGAGCCCUCUGAUCGUCGAGACAGGAUUGGCAGCUUGUGGUCUGUGAAAGAAAGGGCCCAUGGGACAUGGGUCCGAGGACUCAAAAUGGAACCUGAAAAGAGAGCCAAGAGAGAAAAUGUUGGAAGAGGAGUGGGGACAAGGCAUUUCUGCAGGAGACGCUGCUAAGCAAGUUGCCCAACAGUCAUCUUGGGAAAUGGGUUGAGAGUUCCUGACUUAACAACUGGUUCUUGCACAAUGACCUUUUCCUCUACCCGGUGCCUGGAUGAGAGACGGAGUCACGAGUGUUGAAGUAUGGGUGCCUUCUAUUUAUUUUGAGUCCGUGUGUUCUUCCUGUGGGCAUGCGAUUAUGACUGGUGAGUUCCAAAGACAUGAUCGACGUUAAAAUGUAGUCAUCAAACUUAAAUGCUGCUUGGCAUCCUCCAUGACUACUGGCACAAGCAGGGAACGUGGAGGUCACAUGCUUGGUUUGACAGGCUCUUGCUGUUUGACUUGAAUAAUCUUUAUUUUCUGUCCUCAAGGCUCUGCAGUAACAGUUGUGCUGUAUCAGCUUUACAGGUGUUGGGUACAACACUCAAACAUAUUAUCUCAUUACCACAGCAACCCUCAUCAUGAUAGCAACAGCUAACCUCUGUUAUACUCACUUCAUAGCCAAGAAGCUGAGUGACUUAGUAGGUCACUUGCCCACAGAAUAACAGCUCUCAGAUUUCUGUUCUUCAGCCACUGUCCUUUCAGGAUAGAAUUUGUAGCUAAGAAAUUAAUUUUAAAACUGCUUAUUAAGUAGUAUUGCACAUCACACCGUGCCUCAUGCACAGUGCUGGCCUCUGAGAAGAGAGAUGUGUGCCAGAGUACCUGCCGGAUGUGUUUGUGUGUCCAGUACUCGAAGCAGUGCUCAUUAACAAGGGGUCUGCAUUUUAAAGACACUGGAAAGUGACUCUCCAGUUUGUUGUCUAGCAUUAUAUUUACCUCUGAUUUGUUAUCCUUGCCAUACAAUCUCAUGUUCUCCAAGUGUCUAGUCUUGCUGAGAGUUCUUUUUUUUAAUUUUCCUAUUUAAAUGAUAUUGAUAUCUGAGGAGAUAGCUCAGUUGGGGUAAAAUACUUCUCACCGGUAUUUCUCACAAGUGUGAAACGCUGAAUUUUAUUCCCAGAACCCACACAAAACAGUUGCGUAUGUCUGUGCUUUUGAUCCCAGCACUAGGAAGGCAGAGACAGGUAGACCCCUAGCUCUCACUGAGUGCCCAGCCUAGCCUGCUUAGUAAGCUCCAGGCCCCCGGGAGCUGACAGUACCUGAAAAAUUAAGCCUGCACACACACACACACACACACACACACCACAUACACACCACAUACCAUACAUAUACACACAUACACAUACACAUACCAUAUAUAUACACACAGACACCACACAUACACACCACACAUAUACACACACAAACACACACACACA